AUGCUGGCACUCCGUCAACGAUCCCAGGCCCAGGUCCAGAACGAGGCCCAGCUGGAGGCCCAGUCUCAGGCCCAGCCUGAGGCCCUCUCCAUCUCCGACCCUCCUCAGGGGUGGACCAUCGACCCGAACGAGAUGAGCACCGACUACUUCUGGGGCCCUCUCGGAGAUGGCACUCGCGCUGCCAACCGCGUCGGUCUGACGACGAAUCUGCAUCCUCUCAUGAUCAAGGAUUCUGACUAUGGUGCCGAUGGUUACGUCUUUGCUGCAGGCCCCCCUACCGCGACCAAGAUCUAUCUCCUGAACUUGGUCGGGAGUGACGUGUUCGAGUACGUCACCCCGGCCGACUUGAACGGCAUCUUGACCGAGAUGAAAAAGCCGCCGGGCAAGGGCAAGGUCACGACCAAGCUGCUUCCUCAGAAGGCCUGA